CGGCGAGGGGAAUAAGGUGGAAAGUUUAUCCGCUCUGAUAGAUUGUCGGUUCUGUUUGGAGUGAGCACAGCUUGGAGACCCGGGGAGCACUGCAUUGUGGUUCCAUACAGUCGUAAACAAAUGCAAACGCUAGAGGAGCACUGCUGGAGUUGCUCUUGCACCCGAGGAAGAGACAAGAAGGGCACAAAGGUCAGCGCCUGGCUAGCCCGAAGAGUUGGAAAAGCCAUGUCCUCCUUAAACUCUCUCCUCAGUCUGGCCUACAGCACACUAGCCAGCAGUGAAGGUCGUAGCCUUAUCCAGAGAAGCCUGGUACUCUUUACCGUGGGUGUUUUCCUUGCACUGGUACUCAAUCUACUUCAGAUCCAAAGGAACGUGACUCUGUUUCCAGAGGAAGUCAUCGCCACCAUAUUUUCCUCGGCUUGGUGGGUCCCCCCAUGUUGUGGAACUGCAGCUGCUGUUGUAGGGCUGCUGUAUCCCUGCAUCGACAGCCGUAUUGGAGAACCACAUAAAUUCAAGCGAGAAUGGGCCAGCGUGAUGAGGUGCAUAGCCGUCUUUGUUGGAAUCAACCAUGCGAGUGCUAAACUUGAUUUUGCCAAUAACGUCCAGCUGUCUUUAACACUAGCAGCCUUGUCUUUGGGACUGUGGUGGACCUUCGAUCGUUCCAGAAGUGGUCUGGGCCUUGGAAUUACUAUCGCCUUUCUCGCCACUCUUAUAACGCAGUUUCUUGUCUACAAUGGCGUAUACCAGUACACCUCACCAGACUUCCUAUACAUUCGAUCUUGGCUGCCUUGUAUCUUUUUCUCUGGAGGAGUAACUGUCGGCAACAUAGGAAGACAAUUAGCAAUGGGUUCUUCAGAAAAGACACACGGCGACUAAACGGGUGUUUGCGCCAUUGAACAGGGAGAAUGUUUGAGACCCUCAUAACAAUCCGCAACCUUCACUUCAGCAAUGAAACGUCAAUAUGAAAACUGUUGCUUUGUUGCCUCUCACUACAUCCUAUGGUGUGCCGGACAGUCCAUCAGAUCUUACGAUUUAUGGCGGGGAAAAAAAUGGACGCACCUCUUCCAUUAUUAAGGUUUCUGAUCUCCCUGCAGGACGGUGGCAUUUGAGAAGGUUCUGUGCAGACUUCUCUUCACAACACAGUAUUAUAUUUUUGGAAUGGUGAUAUUGGGGGGGGUGGGAAAGACUCGUCAAAGCUUCGAGGCGUUUGUGUCCUGUGAAGAUUUACACAUAUGGGCGGAUGGUGCUGAUAAAAGAGGAGUGAAUAUGAGUUUAAAUAGGAGCAUGUUAUUUAUCCUAAAUUUAAAAUAAGGCUGCAGGUAAAAAAGGCAAUAUUAGAUUUUCCCUUAUAAUAAAAGGCAAUGCUUUAGUUGCUGCGACAUAUAGUAAAGAUCUGGCUAACGAUAUUCCUACUGUUCAACAACCAAGAAGGGAAAUGCUUAGAGGCUAAUCAUAUAAACGAAACUACCAGUAGGAUACGAGUUUUAGUUAUUCUUGCAGCAGGUAACUGGUACUCUCGGGGAGGCACAUUUAUCAAUUUCGAAUUCAAGUGAGUUUUUAAAAACUCACCUAAACCCACAUAAAUUUGAAAUUCGACCAAUCGAAAUUUAUUUUAAAGAAAAAUCGUUUUUUUUCAAACAGAUAAAGUAAAUCGACCCAAAACCUUGAAUUUAAAAAAACUAGAUUCGACUUUUUUUAUCAAAAAAAAAACUAGAAUGUCAGGAAGGCGGCAAACAACUCCAAAUUGAUCCCUGGACGUCUCCCAUUGACUCAAACAGCAAUUCGGCAGGUUUUAGGUGGCGUAUAGUCGAAUUCGAAUUCCUAAAGGACCAGAGUAUGAUAAAUAUGGAUGCACCGAAUCCAGGAUUUGGCCUUUUUCAGCAGGAUUCGGGCGAAUCCUUGUGCAUGUCCUUGUGUAUCCUUGUGCAAGUCCUAAUUUGCAUAUGUAAAUUAGGUGUGGGAAGGGAAAUCAUGUGACUUUUUGUCACAAAAUAAGCAAGUAAAAAAAGUUUUUUCCACCUUUUCCUUUCCCUGCCCUAAUUUGCAUAUUCAAAUUAAGAUUAGGUUCGGUAUUCGGUCGAAUCCUUUCAUGAAGGAUUCGGGGAUUCAUCUGAAUCCCAAAAAGUGGAUUCGUUGCAUCCCUAAUGAUAAAUCAGGAAAAUCUAAUUCGAAUUUUUUGGAAAACUCAAAUCUAAUUUGAAUAACUCCCUAGUCAAUUUUUAAAAAAAAAAAAAA